CAGCGUGCCGAGAUGUCGAGCCUCUUCACCUUACCACGGCAUCACCAGUCGGGCCGACGCCGCCGUGGACGGCAGCCGACUGAAUGAGAUGAUCGUCGUGUCGGACUGCGCCCACUCCGAGCCCGGGGAUCCCCGGCCCAGCCUGGAUGUUUAUUUCUCUCGGCCCAGCCUCGUGCACGAGUACGUCAUCUACAACAGGGCAGGCGACCUGAACUACCAGAUGAUGGGGUUUAACCUGACGGUCUACGACCAGAGGUCAGAGCAGGUGCUCACCUACAGUGAUCAGCUGACUCAGCCACUCAAGAUCUACGUCAUCAAAACACGUGUACAGGUGCCCGUGUCCAGGGUCAAUCUCGUCAUCAAUGAGUACCCCACGCACGUGCACCAGAGGACUAAGAUAUUGCAAGCCGCCCUUGUACGGUCUGGCCUGUAA